UAAAGAGUUAACAUGGUUCCUGAGAGAAUUCUCAUUACAGGAUGCAACAGAGGAAUCGGAUACGAACUUGUCCGGCAGCUCAUAGAGCAACGAUGCCCCCCGAAACAAAUCUUUGCUACUGUUCGGGAUCCCAGCUCUCCUCAGAAUAAGAAGCUGAAUGAUCUUGCUGCAAAAUAUCCAAAGGUGGCUCUGAUAAAGUUAGAAACCACAGAUGAGAAAAGCAUCAAACAGGCUGUAAAGGAGGUGGAAAAACAUCUAAAUGGAGCUGGUCUUAACUUACUGAUCAACAACGCAGGUGUCAUGCCAGACAGCAAUCUUGAGACUGCAGACGCAGCUGACUUCAUGAAUGUUUACAACAUAAAUGUAGUUGGUCCAUUUCUGCUGGCAAAGGAAUUGCUGCCAUUUUUAGAAAAGGCUGCAGCAGAACAUAAGGGGAAGCCAUUUAGCUGCAACAAGUCUGCCAUAAUAAAUAUGUCCACACUGCUGGGAUCCAUUGAGAGAACACCAGACAUCUUCGGUGCAUACCCAGUGCUUUCCUAUCGAUGCAGUAAGGCUGCUCUUAAUAUGCUCACGCGUUGCCAGUCUUUGGGUUACAAGAAAGAUGGUAUUUUGUGCACUGCUAUCCAUCCUGGAUGGGUUCAAACUGACCUCGGGGGCCCUAAUGCUCCUCUCACAGUUGAGCAGAGUGUCUGUGGAAUUCUUAAGGUCCUGGGAAGCCUUUCGGAGAAGCAUUCUGGAAUGCUCAUGGACUGGGAGGGAAAUGUAAUCCCUUGGUAA